UCAAUUACGGUGCCGAUUGACGCGUAUAUAAACACAAUCUCGGCAUAAAUCUGCAUCACAAGUGCUAAAAACAUCCUCGAAACAAGUUUGCGAAUUAUAUUUGUGUGUAAAUCAUCAAAAUGAAGUUUGUUUGUGCAUCUAUUGUGCUUCUAUUCACAAUUAUUUCCGGAUCAAUCGCAUUGAAAUGUUACGAAUGCUCCGGAUCCGAAAUGAGUGAUUGCGCAAAAGGCGUGAAAUCCGCCGGUGUUGAAGUGAAAUGCGAAGCGCCCGAUUACGACGCCCCCUAUGGCGUUCAAGCAACAUCAGAAGAAGCUACCACUGAAGAAGACGGUACCACAACUGAAAGCCACUAUAAAAAAAUGCAACGUCUUGGUUGUUUCCAACCGAUGAAGUUAUACCCUGCAUGUGUUACGUAUUCUAUGCAACCAUACAAUGGCGUUGAAGGACAGAAAAUUAUCUACAGGAGCUGUAUGCUCACCGCUGAUGAUUUCUGCAAGUCACACUUGCAAUACAACAAGGAAAGCAUGUGCAGAUCAUGCAACUCGACAGAUUUCUGCAUGUAAAAUAAAACAAUUCAUUACAGUUUUCUAUAUUAAAAGUCUAUAGUAAAACAUUAUCUAAUUCCAAGAUGUAA